AUGAGCUUAAAGUCAGCACUGGGUCUGCAGCAUCAUCGUGGUCUACUCCUCUCGGGCCCUCCUGGAUGUGGUAAGACCUCUCUGGCUAAGGUCCUAUCACAGGCUCUUAAUUGUGACACCAUCCAGGUUGUCCAUGCUCCUGAUAUACAGAGUAAAUGGUAUGGCGAGAGUGAACAUAAAUUGUUCCAAUUAUUCGAGCCGGCUCGAAGGACUGCUCAUGAUCCCUUCUCAUUGCACAUCAUCAUACUAGAUGAGAUAGAUGGGCUUACUAAGACUAGAGGGAGUGACACUAACAGUCGGGCUGAUGACUCUCUGGUAUCAUGCUUACUAGCCUGCAUGGACGGCUACAACCAUUAUCGUCAUCACCCUCCCACAGGUACCACCAAUCGUCCAGAUGUCAUCGAUCCAGCAUUGCUUCGAUACGGUCGCUUUGGGCUGCAUGUCCAAAUUCCAAUGCCAGACGAAGAUCAGCGACUCGAGAUUCUACAGAAUAUGUGCAAGGGCUUGGUGAACUCGGCCUACUUGAAAAAAGACUCAGUGAAUCUACGAAUGUGGGCACGGAAAACGAGUGGCUGGUCUGGUGCUGAUAUUCGAAUGCUCGUAGACGAGACUGUCGCCACAGCGCUCGAGGAAGCUGCCGGCCUUAGGAAAGACACGAAAAGUCCCUUGGUUACUGUUGGAUGA